GCCGCAACUAUUCACUUGUCACAAACAGUGUCACCAAUUAAAUAUAACUAUUAUUAACCGAUUUCAGUUAUUGAUAAUUCAAUAAAAAUGAAUACUCGCAAGAAAACAAAAAGUAUUAACCCACCGCAGGAUAUAUACACCGUUAACGCAAAUAUAUGCCGGUUGGUUUCUCAAAAUCCUUGCCUAUAUGACCGAUUAAACGAUAAUUAUUCGAAAACUACCGUUUUGCAAAAUGUGUGGAAAGAGAUUGGAAAAGAGAUGAAAAUUCCGGCUAAAACCUGUCAGCAACGCUGGCGCAAUAUGCGUACCAGCUAUGCUCGCUCCAUUAAAGAGCAUCCCGAAGGAACUAAAUACUAUAUGAACAAAGAAUUAGAGUUCCUUAAGAAAUAUAUAACACCUGGGUUUCCUAUUCCUCCAAGAGGUCGACGCUCCAGGGGCAGUCGUCGGGAGGAGCAGGACGACGAAUCCGACGAGGACCAGAAACCUAUAUUGGGAGCCAACUCCGAAGUGAGGCAUGCGCAGAGACGCAACAGAAACGAAACCGAAGAUGCUUCCACUUUUUCCGAAGAGGGUUCCGGCAUGGCUAGGCGUUUGUCCAAGAGAAGCAAGGAGAACCUUCAGCCAUCGUGCUCUAAUAGAAAUGCAGAACACUGUUUGGAUUUUGAUGACGCCUUCCUGCAGGGCCUUCGUCCGGAAAUCAACCAAAUGAAUUUUACUCAGAAGCUAUUUUUCAAACGUCGCGUUUACGAUUUGCUGGGUGAGAUAUUUGCCACCGAGAUGCCCACACCAAACUCUCGCCAGGAAGUGGUCAAUGAAGUCGUACAGACGCCCUCACUCCUUACUCCAAUAAAGCGCUUCGGUCUACAGCUUCAGUUGCCAAAGCUAACACCCAAGAUACAGAAACAUUCGUAAUGUUCAAGGGUCAAGCCAACCGGAUAUCGAAUUUAAGCACAGUACAAAGGACAAAUAAUACUAUAAAACAAAUCUUAAUAAUAAUAAAAUGUGAUAGCUAAUUAGCUGAUAAAUAACUAAGUACUUAGUUAAGUUGUUAAGUUGUACUGGAGAGUGUACAAAUAAAUAAAAAAUGGAAA